AUGACCCGAUUUUCCAUUCGCAGGUUUCUUCUUCUCUCUCUCGCUGUGAGCAUCUUUUUAUUCGUUCUUGGGCAGGCCUACAAGUAUUAUCGAUUUCAGUUUUCCCCAGAUAAAGCGGCUGUGGAGUUUCUAAGCGCAGAACUUGCACCUGUAUUUUUAACUGAGAAGACCAAAGCCGCUCUGGCCGAGAAUCUCCCCCUUCGGACACGCGGACGAGAUGUGAUCGAUGCUAUGGGCCAGCGGUUCAAGCUCGCAUCUAUCAAUUGGUAUGGGGCUAGCGAUGAAACCUUCAUCUCGGGAGGACUCGAUAUACAACACCGCUCCGAGAUAGCUGAGGUGAUCCGCGAUCUAGGUUUCAACAGCGUCCGGCUUCCCUACUCGGAUGAAAUGGUCAAUGAGAAUCCACUCAUCCCCUCGGCCUUGUUAGCAGCCAAUGCGGAUCUCGUGGGUUCGCGUGCCCUGGACGUGUACGUGGCCGUGGUGAACAGUCUGACGGAUGCCGGUCUGGCGGUGAUCGUGAACGACCAUAUCAGCCAGGCACGCUGGUGCUGUGGUCUUAACCUUUGUGAUACCGCCUGGCACAAUGAUUAUCUCGGCCCAUUUUGCAGAGUCAAGCAGACGGAGGACCAGUGGAUCCAGAACUGGGAAACGAUCAUGGCUCCCUAUGUGAAUAACUCACUUGUCAUCGGUGCUGAUCUGCGCAAUGAGGUGCGGGGGCCCUGGGGCACGAUGCCUUGGGGUCGCUGGGCGGCAGCGGCAGAACGAGCAGGCAACAGAUUGCUUCGUAUGAACCCAGACUGGCUUAUUAUCGUUGAAGGGGUAUCUUCUGCCAAUGACUUGUCCGGUGUACGGACCCGUCCUGUUGUUCUGGAUAUCGAUGACCGCGUGCUAUAUUCCGCGCAUGUGUAUAGCUGGUCUGGAUGGGGUAGCCUUGCUGGGAAAUAUUCAACACGGCCUUACACGUCAUUUGUCAAGUCAAUGCAGGAAAACUGGGCGUACCUCAUCGAGGAAGAAAUAGCCCCGGUGUGGGUUGGGGAGUUUGGCGCGCCGCGUCGGGCAGGCCAGGAGACGCGACAUUACUGGGACAAUUUGCUCAAGUAUCUCCAGGUGAUUGAUGCCGAUUUUGCAUAUUGGGCCAUUAAUCCACGCAAGCCGCACAAGAACACGACAGAGACGUAUUCUCUGGUUCGAGAUGAUUGGAAGACUCCUGUGUUUGAUUACCGGAUGAAAGAUAUGAAGCAGUUGAUGGGGAUAUAA